AUGGCCAAAAUAACUGAAAGCGAACCGUGUCUUCCUGCAGUUAUAAACUUGCUGCGUUUCUCUUUCUCUGCACCUAAAUCUUUUUCAUGGUUUUGUUGUGUUCAGGUUGUAGAGGCUGAAAAGUUUGCUGCGAUGGAGAACUCUAACGGCAAUGUGUUUCAACUCAUUGUAAAGCAAGGAGAGCCGACUCUUGUUCCUCCAGCUGAGGAGACAGAGAAGGGACUCUACUUUCUCUCUAACCUUGACCAAAACAUUGCAGUGAUUGUGCGUACAAUCUACUGCUUCAAGUCAGAGGAGAAAGGAAACGAAAAUGCUGGAGAAGUGAUCAAGAAUGCCUUGAAAAAGGUUCUUGUUCAUUACUAUCCUCUUGCCGGGCGGCUAACAAUAAGCUCAGAGGGAAAGCUUAUUGUAAAUUGCACUGGAGAAGGAGCUGUGUUUGUCGAGGCUGAAGCAAACUGUGCAAUGGAAGAGAUUGGUGACAUAACAAAGCCUGACCCAGAGACUCUCGGGAAGCUGGUUUAUGACAUUCCUGAUGCGAAGAACAUACUGGAGAUUCCUCCUUUGGUGGCUCAGGUUUUAGAACUUCUCCAAAUUAUUGCUUUCCAAGUCACCAAGUUCAAAUGUGGAGGAUUUGCACUUGGAUUGUGCAUGAAUCAUUGUAUGUUUGAUGGCAUUGGUGCUAUGGAAUUUGUGAACUCGUGGGGUGAAACAGCCAGAGACUUGCCACUUCGUGUCCCUCCAUUCCUUGACAGAAGCAUACUUAAAGCCCGGAACCCACCAAAGGUUGAGUACCUCCACCAAGAAUUCGCCGAGAUAGAAGACAAGUCCAGCACAAAUGACCUCUACAAAGAUGAAAUGCUCUACAGCUCCUUCUGUUUCGAUUCUGAAAAGCUUGAAAAGAUCAAAAUGAAAGCCAUGGAAGAUGGGGUUCUCGACAAGUGCACUACCUUUGAAGGCCUCUCGGCUUUUGUAUGGAGAGCUCGAACCAAGGCACUCAAAAUGCAGCCUGAUCAACAAACAAAGCUCCUAUUUGCUGUUGAUGGAAGGCCAAAAUUUAAUCCCCCACUACCAAAAGGGUACUUUGGCAAUGGAAUUGUGUUGACCAAUUCUAUAUGCCAAGCAGGUGAACUACUAAACAAGCCACUGUCAUAUGCAGUGGGGCUAGUUCACGAUUCAAUUAAAAUGGUAACAGACAGCUACAUGAGAUCUGCUAUGGAUUAUUUUGAAGCAACAAGAGCUAGGCCUUCUCUGGCUUCAACUCUGUUGAUAACAACUUGGUCUAGGCUAUCUUUCUACACUACAGAUUUUGGAUGGGGAGAGCCAGUUCUAUCAGGGCCAGUGGCAUUGCCAGAGAAGGAAGUCAUCCUGUUCCUAUCUCAUGGCAAAGAGAGAAGAAACAUAAAUGUGCUUCUGGGUUUGCCAGCUUCAGCCAUGAAGACCUUCCAAGAACUGAUGCAGAUUUAG